AUGCCUUGCCACUUCUUCUCUAAGCUCUUCGAGGAUAAAAGGUCUCUCUCCAAGAUCGAAUGGAUCCGCAAGCUUGAAAACACCAAAGACCUACGGAAGCUCUUGGAGCCGCUUCAGACGGAUUUUAGCCUGGUCGACAAGAGAGCGAUUAUCCAUUUCAUAUCAGCUGUAGCUUUCCGAGAUAUGGCAGGCGCGGAAUGGCUAGAGACUCAGCUGCAGAAUGAUGGAAACUUUGAGUUACUUCAAAUGUUCCGCUCUUCGUUCUUUUGGAACUCGCCUGAAUAUAACACUAAUGGAAUGCCGAAAUUAUGCCAUGACAUUGUCGAACCGGUAUUGAGCACCGUUGGGUUGUCCAGAGAUAGAUUUACAAUCAGGAAGAGAUGCAGGCUAUGUCCAAGUCGCUUGAGUUACAUCCGUCUGAUUCGGACUGUACAGCCCAGCUACAGAAAUACAAAGGUCAACUGGAGGAUUUGA